UUUAAAAACCGAAAACAAAAAGUUCCCUCUUUAAAUUUUGUCAAACAUCUAUUGGUUUUAAGGAUUUAUUGAUUUCUAGUUUCAUCAUGACUUCGGAUACAAAAGAACUAGAGGGUCGCGAUACAGAACUUGAUCUCGAGUUCAACAACUUUAUAAACAUCAUGGACUGUAGGGCAGUGAUGAGGCUUUCCUACAAAUGGCGCUGUCAAAUGGCCACCCAAGCCGAGGACUGCAAAAGGAUCGUCAACUUCUUCAACUACUUCAGGAUGAUGUACUGCACCAUCGAUAUUGACGACAAGUGGACAGAGAUUGGCUUUAUGAUGUUGUUUGUGUUUUUGUGUGGGGUAAUUCUGUGGAUUAUGUCCUUCAACAUUGAUUCAUUCUUUGCUCCUGCCCUGAAGAUAGUGUCUCUGAAGCUCCACAUGAAUGAGUAUUUGGCGGGAAUUACGUUUCUGGCAUUUGGCAAUUCAUGUCCUGAUAUUUUUGCCAAUCUAAUGCCUGUGAGAGCCGAAGCCCCGAUUUUCACGAUUGCCGUGGGUAAUGCCCUGGCUAUUAUCCUUCUGAGUGGCGGCACAGUGUGUUUUUUGAAACCCUUCCGAAUGAAUGGGCACUGUGUGAUCAGGGAUCUCCUGUUCUUGAUGCUGGGUGUGGAGAUUGUCCGAUAUUUUAUGGUUAAAGGUGGUGUUGUCACCAAAUGGAAUAGUAUAGUCCUGGUAGCAGUUUAUGUCGUUUAUGUGCUGGUUAAUGUGAUUGAUGUCAUUUUGAUGCGGCGGGAGAUGAUAAAACUUCGUCUGGAGCUUGGGGAAAUGGAAAAGUCUACUUCCACGCCGAGUAAGGAGUAUGUGAAGAAACUGAGUUUAUUGAGAUCCAUGGAAGAAGACGAUGACAUUCGGAUUAAUGACACCUCCAACGAUCGUCGUUCUCUUGGUCGUCGUAUUUCUGACCUGACCAACACGGGAUACUUUAUCACUCCCAAGCCAGAAGAUCGUCCGGAGGCGGUGGACUACGAGGCAAAUCGUACCAAUCUGCAUAAUAACGAGAAUCCCAAGAAUUUGAUGCUCUUUCAAGAGUUCCUCUACUCCCUGAAUCCCAUUGACCGGGAAGAAUGGCUGCUGGGCGGGAUGUGUCGUCGCGCCUUCUUGAUCAUCAGGAGUCCCCUGGUAUUUAUUUUACUUUUUUUUAUUCCCGUGGUUGAUUACGAGAAGGACAAGCACGGCUGGAGCAAGUUACUCAACUGCAUUCAGAUUGUGACGAAUCCAUUUGUGGUCAUUACUCUGGUUCACUCCGCCAUUAAGAGUCAGUACACCGGCUGGUAUAUCUUACUGCACUAUAAAAUUUCCAUGUGGUCUCCUUGUGUGACAGUUCCCUUGGCCGUUUUGAUUUUUCUCCAUGCUCGAACCGAUGUCCCUCCGGUUUAUCAUUUGUUCUUUAUCCUUCUUACCUUUUGCAGUUCGGUAGUAACUAUCUGGAUUGCCGUGGCUGAACUGGAAGUCCUUUCGGAUAUUGUGGGCAUAGUUUUCAAUCUGUCGGAGAACUUUAUGUCUGUGACCAUUGGAGCCAUUUCGAACGCCACCCCGGACAUCAUAGCCAAUUCUCAUUUGGCCAUGCAGGGCUAUGGCCGUAUGGCGUUUGCUGCCAUUAUUGGAGGCCCUGUUUUUGCGGUGGUGAUCAGCAUGAGUGUGGCAUUUUUGUUCAACAAUCGACUUCGCCGCGAGGAUGCCGCUGCCUGGGUUUACGGAGAACACGGCGAGAAUUGCUAUAUAUUUUUGUUGAUAGCCAUUGUAACCACGUUGUGGUGGAGCAUCACCUUCAAUUUCCAGGGACGUCGUUCGGCCGGUGUCUACCUGUGGACCAUUUUCAUCAUUUUCCUCAUCUAUGCCGUCUGUGUGGAGUGGGAGCUGGUUCAUGAUUUCUCAAAAGACGCAUUCUUUAAACCGAAAUGAAUAAACUGAAAACUUUG